UUUUAUUGCGGCAAAUAAACGUUGCGGAACACAGCGCUCCACCUGGUUCACAGAAAAGAGGGGGUCGGUGUAAGGGAAACCCCGAAGCUAAGUGCGGCCAGAGCUUUGCUUUUUCCUCCCAGCAAGUUUACUUUGCAUGUCUGAUGGGAUCUACCUUCAGCCAAUAAGUUUCUUGAAACAAGGGCACAGUAUGGUCUUCAUGAACUUCCUACAUUUUGAGUCACUUUGCACUUUCCUGUUUUCCCAAGUAUUUAUAUCAUGGAGUAUCCAAGAGCUACAAGUCAGUCAAGAAAUAAUUGAGAAGAUUUCAGCCGCUUCCCAAUUAAUGAAUUGCUCUGCUCCAGUCGAUAUCUUAUUUCUGUUAGAUGGAUCCUAUAGCAUUGGCAAAGCAAGCUUUGAAAGGUCAAAAUAUCUGACAAUCAAGCUUUGUGAUGCAUUGGACAUCAGCCCAGAAAAGGUUAGAGUUGGAGCAAUACAAUUCAGCAACACUCCUCGCUUGGAAUUCCCAUUGGAUGCAUAUUUCACUAAGCAUGAGAUAAAAGUUCAACUCAAGAAGAUUGUGUUCAAAGGUGGGCGAACAAAAACAGGUCUUGCUCUAAAACACAUUCUUCAACAAGGAUUCCGUGGAGGCAGGAACUCAUCAGUUUCCCAAAUCCUUAUAAUCUUAACUGAUGGGAGAUCUCAGGACAACGUGUCAACCUUAGCCCAGCAGAUAAAAGAAAGGGGGAUUGCGGUGUUUGCAAUUGGAGUCAACUUCCCAAAGUGGGGAGAAUUGUAUGCACUAGCAAGUGAGCCAGUGGAAUACUAUACGCUGUUUGCAGAAGACACUGAUGAUGCCUCCAAUGGGCUUUAUACCGUGCUUACACUCUCUGAUAUCUGCAAUGCUGCAUUUCCGGCUUGCAGGGCUGAACCUCAUCCCUGUGAACGCAAAACACUUGAACGAGUAAAAGAACUGGUUGGAAACUAUUUCUGUUGGAAAGGAUCCCAAAGCAGUAAUAUUGUACAGACAUCACUCUGCCCUUUCUACAA